CUUUUUUGUGAGUUCGCCUUUUGCCUUAUUCGUCGGCAUGACUUCGUUGACAUUGCUCCGGCGAUCGGCGGUCAGCCAUGCCCACUGGUACGCCCCCGCCCUCGCUGCCAACUGGCAGCGGCCUGUUCGAACGCUUCAAAGGCGCCAACAGCAACAACAACAACAACAACAGCACGCCAUGCACACCUGUGGGCGGCCCAGUGCAAUUUUCACAGCAUCAACAGCGACAACUACAAAGACAGCGCAGGCGCCAAAUGUGGCAAGCGACCCCUCGAUCCGCGCCAUGUCUUCCGCUGCUCCCAAACUGGUGGCCGUCGCCGAGUCGCGUCGCUUCAUGAUCGACUGCUUCAAGGCCGUGAAGGUGCCCCAAGCACAUGCCGAGGCCCAGGCAGAUCUCCUGGUGGCCGCCGAUCACCGCGGACACUUCAGUCACGGCAUGAACCGCCUGGAAAUGUACAUCAACGAUUUGGCCAUUAAUUCCACGGAUGGCGAAGCCAUUCCCAAGAUCCUAAAGGAGACCCCAGCCACCGCCUGGGUCGAUGGACUCAACGGACUGGGCGCCGUCGUGGGCAACUACUGCAUGGAUCUGGCCAUCAAGAAGGCCAAGACCGUGGGCGUCGGCUGGGUGUGUGCCAAGGGAUCGAAUCACUAUGGCAUGGCCGGCUGGUAUGCCAUCCGGGCCAUGGAGCAGGGACUGGUGGGCAUGUCCAUGACGAAUACCUCUCCACUGAUGGCGCCAACGAGGGCAAAGGAAGCCGCUCUAGGCACCAACCCCCUUUCCCUGGGAGCCAACGCCACCAAUGGUGACAAGUUCCUGCUGGAUAUGGCCACCACUGCGGUGGCUGUGGGCAAGAUCGAGAUCCAGCGCCGCAAGGGUGCCCCGCUGCCCGAUGGCUGGGCCCAGGAUCCCGAAGGCAAUGUGACCAAUGAUGCCGAGCUUGGCUUUGCCACUGGCUGCCUGAUGCCGCUGGGAGGAUCGGAACUGACCUCCGGCUACAAGGGCUACGGCCUGGGCGCCAUGGUCGACAUUCUGUCCGGCGUGAUGUCCGGCGCCAACUACUCCACGCACGUGCGCAAGUGGACACAUGCUGGUGCCGACUCGGCAGCCGAUCUCGGCCAGGUCUUCAUUGCCGUGGAUCCCAAUUGCUUUGCUCCCAACUUCGAGGAGCGAAUGACUGACUUCAACGCCCGCCUGAGGGGCUCCACGCCGACCGAUCCCUGCAAGCCCGUUCUUUUGGCCGGCGACAAGGAGAGCCAGGGAAUGGCUGCCGUCGAUGCCGCUGGCGGUAUCCAGUAUCUGGAGAACCAGCUCAAGACCUGCGCCGACCUGGCCGAGAAACUCAAGAUCCAGCCCCUGUCCUUUAUCUAAAAUGGGGACUAAACCAAACAUGAGGAAGGAUUUGAAAUAGGGUAGCCUAGCUCACCCAUUGCCAUAUGCUGGAGAAGCUUCUGCAUUUCGCCGGACCAAAGCACUAAGUUACUUUACACUGCAAGAAAUCUUGAUAUUCGCAACAGUUUGAUUUGCGCUGGUGCUGAUUAUAUUUUGUUACAUAUCCUCCCUUCGGACCCCAAAUUCAACAUGAAUUAUAGCAAUUUAUGGUAGAGUAAAGACUUGCAGUUGCACUUUUACAAAUUUUUGUAUGAAUAGAUUAUAACUAAACUGUACAUUUAUCUGUUUUUGGCACUUGAUAAUAUAGCCUUUGAUGUGUUCAACAAA